AUGGGUGUCUUACUACAUUUGACCUGCAUCAGUAUCGUUGCAUGUUUUAAAAUCUCUUCGGGACAACAAAAAACAAAGAAUUUUGUUCAUAAAACAAAGCUGGGUGCUAUACUCGGUGUAGAAGUUUCCAGUUAUGACACGACUGAGUUGUACAGAUUUCUACAGAUUCCAUACGCCCAACCACCUAUUGGCAGACUUAGAUUCACAAAACCAAGGCCAUACGGUUCCUGGAAUGGCACUCUUAAUGCUACAGCGUUCGGGCCUGCAUGUCCACAAGUUUAUAAUUAUCAUUUUGUCAAACAUGGACUGAGUGAAGACUGUCUACAUUUGAACAUAUAUGCGCCUCCUAAUCUGAAGAGUUUGUCUAAAAAGUCCGUUAUGGUUUGGAUACAUGGCGGAUCCUACAGUGUAGGAACGGCCUCAUUUUAUGAUGGAAGUAUGCUUGCAAAAACUGGGAAUGUUAUUGUUGUGACAGUAAACUAUCGUCUGGGUUUGCUCGGAUUUCUGGCUUUGAAAAAAUCCACCGUCAAAGGAAAUUAUGGAUUGUGGGAUCAAAUGAUGGCUUUACAAUGGGUGAAGGACAAUAUCGAUGAUUACGGAGGUGACACGAAUAGCAUUACAAUAUUUGGCCAAUCAGCAGGUGGUUUCAGUGUGGGGUUUCUGGCUUUGAUUCCACAAAAUGAAGGCUUAUUCCACCGCGUUAUAAUGCAGAGUGGAGUUCCCAAUUCAUCAUUAAAGGUCACACGCCAAGGUUAUGACACAUACUCUACAUCUGAAGCUGUUUCCGUGCAUUUGUGUCCAUUUUUCCAGGAAAAUAUCUUAAUGAGAAUUAUAUGCAUGAGGUAUUUACCCACUAGUUCCUACACAUAUCCAUCCAGCUAUAUUCCUCUAGCACCUGUUGUCGACAAUGAUUUAUUUCAACAAUCUCCUGAAGAAAUUUUGAAAGAUCAGAAUUCCUCGGCAUUUGCAUUUUUUAAGUCUCUUGACGUCAUCGUCACCAAUUGCGACACGGAAGGAUCUGUUCUGUUUCCAGCUAUAGAAUCCCUAGAACGAUAUUAUAAGAAGAUUGACGAUUCAUUAAUCCCUUCUGACUGGGUAUGGAAUGUUGGCCCGGAAGCUAUGUUAAAGGAGUACUAUGGAAGGAACAAACGGCUCUUUUCGGAAAUCGGCAAUUUUUACGGUUUUACAAAGAACAGCACAUCUCAAGAUCAAUUUCGUAGAUGGACAGAAUUAUUCACUGACCUUUUUUUCAUUGCACCAUCAACUGAGAUCAUAGACAUACAUUCUAACAACAAAUCGUCCACAUUUAGGUUUAUUUUAUCAAGAGAGAGUCCCAUUUACCCUGGGGUUAUGUACAAUGAAUCAGCACCCCCAGAAUGGUUCCAUGGUGCGGCUCAUUCUGAUGAUGUUGUGUAUUUGUUUCUUAUUGAAAACCUGCAAGAGUUCGAUCCAAACACGACAGUGAAGGCAACAGAAGAGGAUCUAUUAUACGCUUUUCAGAUGAGAAAGUAUUGGUCCAAUUUUGCUAUCACAGGGAACCCAAAUGACCCGAGACUACCAUUUUGGCCACGCUAUAACAUACACAACAAAAGUUUCAUACAACUUGGGGAUAACAUUAGCUCAAAAAUUUCUUACAAAAGCCAGGAAGCAGACUUCUGGUUACAUGAAAUACCAUACAUUCAACAACAACAUCCUGUGUUCAGCAUAGAGACAAGCACACAUUAUACAUCUUCUGCCAAACAGUAUAAUUUCAAGUGUGAGAUCACAUUUCUGAAGUUUUUCACUAUGUUAAUAUUUUGUUAUUUUGUUAGAAACUAUCAAAAGGGAUAUGAAACUGAAAUAUAA